AUGACUUCAACACGAGAACAGCCAAAGCACAUCCCCGUCGUUGUAGUUGGUAUAACUCGGGAUACUGCUCUAGCCGUCGGCAAAACAUUCUUCGUCGAUACACCUUACUUCGUGUCUGCCGCUCUGGACCUCACAGAAUCUCCAGCUCCUUUCCAAUACUCGCCUGCGAACUUGGCCGUGGUGCUGAACGCCCUGCACCCCAGGCCGCGGGCACUUGUCACCGGAACUGCCGUGCCGGAUGACAUGCUCCAUGGAAUCGUACAGGUAUGGAAUGACUAUGUUGCAAAUUGGAAGGUUGACGGUGUUUGGGUUGCUCUAAGCAAGACGCAUCCGUCUACCGGACCGCCGCCGCCAGGUACCGGCGAGGAGAUGAUGAAGCAGUUAGGGGAGAAGUUCGAGUCAUGA